CGAAAAGUUGAAUUUUAAAAUUCAAUCAAAUGAUAACUAUAGGUACACAUGAGUAGGUGUAUUUCAUUGCUUCGUGUAAUAUUGUAAGUUCAACGUUACGAAAUGAAUACUUCGUGGAAAUUGAUAUUCUUCGUUACUUCAUUCAUAGGAAAAGAAAUCACCACUGUCCAAUCUUCAGAUAGCAGUUCUUCAAAAUAUGAUCUCACUGCUGUAUUAAACGACGCCAUCGCGGGCAUCUUCAAAAGCACCGAUUCCAUCGAACAAUUAGAAACGAUAAUUUACGCAAACGCACCUGAUUUUAUAACCUAUCUCUAUCACACUAACGAUAGCGAAUGUAUUAUUCAAACCCCAUCCAACGUGAUCACAAUACGCUAUCUUCACAUUCAAGGAGCAAACAAUAACACCUGUAAUGCAACGUGGCACAAGCCAUCAAAUACAAUUCGUUGGGAUCUUUCUAAAAAUCAAUUGCACAUGUUCAGCGAAGAGUUAAAAUAUAAGAUAACAGGCGAUGUAUUAUCAAAUUCAAGAUACGGAUACGUAGAUUACGAUAACACCAGAAGUAAAUUUGAAAUAGCCUCCUUUCUAUAUAAGAAUUUUUCGAUGAUCGCUGCAAAACCUUUGGUAAAUCAACCGGGUGAUAAAAAUAUUACUAUUGAUUUCCCUCACGAUGAGAAGCAUAUGGGAAUCUGCCAAGGCAUCGUAUUCAAAACCCUGGGUAACUUAUGCUACGAAAAACAACUCAGGUUGAUGGAAAUGAUCAGCUAUGGAAUUCCGGGUGCAAUUUGCAGAUAUUAUAACAACGGAGGUCGUUUGAAAGGUCAACUGGACACAUUACUAGAUCUGAAUCCGAAACAACGCAUUAUUUCCGCCUAUCCGAAUUUUUCGACUGAUGAACAACUCUACUAUUACCUUAUACCGAAUAUUUCUCUAGUGCACUUGAAUUUUAGAAACGUUACCAUCAGAGGAUUGACGAAUUUCGAAUCGUAUGUGAAUGAUCAGUCGUCUGAUGAUUCCUGCAAUAACGUGUAUAUUCUUCGUGUGAAGAAUAUUACAGGAAAUAUGAUUCUGCAUUCGGGUUUUGAACAUUUACCAUAUUUUCAACUGAAGUUUUCGAUUCCUGAUCUGCGCGUAUCAUUUAUUCCAAAAACCGAGAAUUUUCGAGUGAAAGCGCAAGACUACAUAAUCGCUGAAGAUGCACCCGAAACUCCUACACUGAUAUCUUCGUGGUUAUCCAAAUAUUCAACUGAUAUAAUGCGGGUCUUGGAAUCAGAGUUGGAAGAUUUAAUGAUGCCAUCGAUAAAAAAUAAAUCAAUUCCAUUCUCAUCCCAACGAUCAGAACUAGAUGCAUCGUUCGUCGAACUUGUGAAGAAAUCGGAAUUAUGGUAGCCGAUUCCGAAGCCCAAAGAAACACGAUCAUUGAUAUGUAUUUGAUCCCAAGAACGUAAGCAUAAAAAAACCGCAGUAAUAAUGAACGAAUAGGAUUAAAUGAGCAAGAAGUAUAGCAAAGAAGAAUCGAAAAAAGUGAAGUCGGAAAGCCUCAUUGAGAAUGGGAGCAAUUUGCAGUAGCUAAAUGAAAUCGAAUACUCAAACGGAAUCAUUUUAAAUGAGUGAUUGAAUAAAAUGUACACCGAAAACCAAGAGUGAAACUGUACCUAUGUACUAAUAGAAAAAUGGCAUCCCAAAAAGUUAAAUAAAGGAGAAAUUGAAUAAUGUAGAGAUCACUCAAAACGUUUUCAUCUUUACUUCGCUUCAAUUGAUUUAUAUUCUGUUGCUGUAUUGUAUUGAUCAUAAGUUACUUUCAAAAAUUUUCAGUCAUACAAAAAUCAACUCGAGAAAUUCCAAGAAUGCAACUACCUAAUCAAUUUAAAAAUACAUUUCAAAAAAUAUAUAAAACCACCAUUUUAAACACCAAUAUAGAAUUAUUCGCCAUUUUUUGGAGGAUUUUUUUCACCACGGAAUUUUUGUUCCCAGCCCCCCCCCCCUCUCGCCAAACUCGAACCCAGAUUGAAAAUUGGAUUGAUUCCGAUAAUUUGACUUGAAAUAGAGAAAUACAAAACUAUAACGUAG